CCGCCGAUUGCCGAUCAAUUCUCCCUCUCACCAAAAACACCACCCUUGUCGCGGCAAUGACACCCGUCGCCACCCUCGUCGCCGUCGCCGCCGCCGCCGCCGCCGCCGCCCACGACGACGACCAACUAUGGCGCCGCAAAGCAACCUAGGCAAGCGCGCAAAGGGCGUCUCGAUCCACCGGCCCUUCAUCUACGGCACCACGGCCAAGCCCUUCGACGACGACAAGAACCCCAAGCCGCCGGGCGUGCCCGACGACCACACCCACUCGUGGCAGGUCUUUGUCAAGGGCGUCGAGGACACGGACGUGACGUACUGGCUGAAGCGCGUGCAGUUCAAGCUGCACGAGUCCAUCCCGAAUCACAUCCGCAUGGUCGAUGGCGAGGCCGGCAAGGCCUUCGUAGUAAACGAGACGGGCUGGGGCGAGUUCGAGAUCGCCAUCAAGCUCUACUACGCGCAGGAGUCGGGCGAGAAGGCGCAGACGCUCUACCACCACCUGCACCUGCACCCCUACGGCCGCACCGAGGCCGAGAAGGACGCCAUGAAGGCGUCGGGCGAGGUCAUCGCCUGGGUCUACGAGGAGCAGAUCUUCAACGAGCCGUACGAGGCCUUCUACGAGAUCCUGACCAGCGGCGCCCUGCCCCCGCCCCCCGGCAGCGCCGCCGCCGCCUCGAGGGCCGGCGGCAACAAGGGCGGCAAGGGCAAGGGCAAGGGGGCCGCCGCCUCCUCCACCGUCGGCGUCCGCAGCGAGGGCGGCGUGCUCGAGCGCAGCGCCAUGAUACCGCUGGCCAACAGGCCCGGCCAGCCCUUUAGCAAGGAGACGGAGAAGCUCGAGAUUGAGCGCCUCAAGAAGGCCCAGGAGAAGGCGCAGGCCCUUACGGCUCGGCUGCAAGACCAGCUCAAGAAGAAGGAGGCGGCUCUGCAGAAGCUAAAGAAGCAAAACGCCGCCAAAUAGCGACGCGUUUUUAGGCUCUGUAGCAUGAUAGCAGAACUCGUCAAUCACGGUAUUGCUGGGCCUUGUGGCUAACCUGCUCUAAUUUUCCCCCUGAUGUUUUUAAGGAGAGAGGCGUUCGAGGACAUAGAAAAAGAAACCCCCGGAUACCAUGCGCCACACCUCGUGUACACCGCUAUUAAGCUUAUUUGUAUACCGACUUUCUCUGCUUUCUGGUUCUGUCUCUCUCUCUCCAGUCAUCCGUUGCUUGGGAUAUUAGCCCCAACUCAUGGCGUCCAUCUCAAUUAUGUUUGCCUCCCCAAUACUGCUGGAUGUGAAGUUUUCGUCAAAAGUCCGUUUCCCAGGCUCAGCCCA